UGUGCCAAGGGACGUAAAGUAACUUAACGUCCCUCUCCUGGGGAACUUAUUGGUCGGUAAUGUUGGUCCAAGGGCGGUAAAACAAAUGCAUAUUUUUGUUUAGUUUGCCUCGAGUGUGGACUCAUUACUCUGUAUAUAUCCUUCCUCUACUCAUCCCUCAUAUUCUUCCCCUGGCCCAGAUCUCCCUCACCUCCAGCAUCUACACAACCCUCGCCGUAGCCAUCGAGAGGUUCAUGUGCGUCUGUAGGCCACAUACUAAGGUUCCAGAGAGUAUGUGUUUAAUGGUUGCUCUAGGAAUCUGUAUAUUCUCUGCUGCUAUCAAUUCUACCAGGUUUUUUGAAUACGAACUGAAGGAGAUUCCAGUAGUAAGUUAUACUCAGUACGAAAAUGGGACCUUGGAGAGCGCCAAAAAUGAGUCAGUUUUUAUUCCGUUCCCAACAGAUAUGAGACAACAUCCCUUGUAUUCCAAGAUCUCUACCGUAACCUCCAUCCUUCUACUUCAUCUGGUUCCUCUCAUCAGUCUUUGCUACCUCAACUUUGCGAUCUUUACAGCAAUUAGGUGAGUAAGUUAUCUUUACAGCAAUUAGGUGAGUAAGUUAUCUUUACAGCAAUUAGGUGAGUCAGUAAUCUUUACAGUUAUUAGGUGAGUCAGUAAUCUUUACAGUAAUUAGGUGGGUCAGUAAUCUUUACAUUAAUUAGGUGGGUCAGUAAUCUUUACAUUAAUUGGGUGAGUCAGUGAUCUUUACAGUAAUUAAGUGAGUCUGUAAACUUUACAGCCAUUAGGCAAGUUUUCAGUAAUCUCUGCUAGCAUCCAACAAGAUUUCAGUAAUCUCUGCUAGCAUCCAACAAGUUUUUAGUAAUCUCUGCUAACAUCCAACACGUUUUCAGUAAUCUCUGCUAGCAUCCAACAAGUUUUCAGUAAUCUCUGCUAGCAUCCAACAAGUUUUCAGUAAUCUCUGUUAGCAUCCAAAUAGUUUUCAGUAAUCUCUGCUAGCAUCCAACAAGUUUUCAGUAAUCGCUGCUACUAUCCAACAAGAUUUCCAUAAUCUCUGUUAGCAUCCAACAAGUUUUCAGUAAUCUCUGCUAGCAUCCAAUAAGUUUUCAGUAAUCUCUGCUAGCAUCCAACACGUUUUCAGUAAUCUCUGCUAGCAUCCAAUAAGUUUUCAGUAAUCUCUGCUAGCAUCUAACAAGAUUUCAGUAAUCUCUGCUAGCAUCCAACACGUUUUCAGUAAUCUCUGCUAGCAUCCAACAAGUUUUCAGUAAUCGCUGCUACUAUCCAACAAGAUUUACAUAAUCUCUGCUAGAAUCCAACAAGUUUUCAGUAAUCUCUGCUAGCAUCCAAAACGUUUUCAUUAAUCUCUGCUAGCAUCCAACAAGUUUUCAGUAAUCUCUACUAGCAUACAACAAGAUUUCAGUAAUCUCUGCUAGCAUCCAAUAAGUUUUCAGUAAUCUCUGCUAGCAUCUAACAAGAUUUCAGUAAUCUCUGCUAGCAUGCAACAAGUUUUCAGUAAUCUCUGCUAGCAUCCAACAUUAACAAGUUUUCAGUAAUCUCUGCUAGCAUCCAACAAGUUUUCAGUAAUCGCUGCUAGCAAUCCAAUAAGAUUUCAGUAAUCUCUGCUAGCAUCCAACAAGUUUGUUUUUAACGAUGAACACUUAAACAUUCAGACGUCAAAAAGUUUUAACUCUGAAGCUUCCAUGUCAAAUACCAAAAUGUUUCAAAUUAUUAAAUCCAAAAUUAGACAAGUUUGAAAAGUUGAAUUAUGAAAUGUCAGUAGAACCCUGUCAUUCUCAUUCAAACUUUCCAAUUAUUCAUUAUUUAUAGCUUACUAGCGCUGCCCAGAUGUUACUCUUGCCGUUUACCCCCACUUGAACUAUUUUUACGGGAAUCUAAAUUCCCGUGGGUCUCUCGACUUUACCAAUCAUAAUUUGAGGCAAAUCGGUCCAUGGGUUCCCAAGUUAUGAUCGGACGAACAAACAGACAGACAGGCAAACAGAAUUCACAACUAUAUAUAUGUAAACUAUUUAUAAUAAAAGUUAAGAGCAGAAUGUGUAAAGAGUAUUACGAUUAUAAAAAUGUAUUAAUUGGUAUUUUAUCUUUAUUAAGUUUUGCUUAAAGGGACUGUAAAGGAAAAAUGAAAGGGGGUAUGAGCUGAAACCUAAGCGUUUUAGGAGUUGAUCGAAACCCAUAGAAGUUCCUAUCUGAUGUUCAUUUCUUGAGAAAUUGAUAUAAAACUGUGUCAAAUUUAUACGAAAAUCUAUAUAUUGAUUUUUACUGCUACCUAACUUCUAUACAUCUUGAUUUAUACUGCUAACUAACUUCUUUAUAUCUUGAU